AUGUUGUACCAUUUCUACUGGAUUUGCCUCAUUUAUGGCGCAAAAGGUGCCGUCGACGUGGCAAUAGUUGACUGCAACAAAGGUGUUCCAGAUGGAGGAGGAAUGAUUCACCAACGACCAACGGUCCAUCCACAACUUUGUGCACGCAUCGACAUACCUGCGUGUAUUGCAAUAUUUGAUAUCAAGGGCAAUCCAGAAGAUGAAAACAGUAUUGCUGCGACGAUCCAAUCUCAUUCAAAUCCGUAA